AUGGCGGAAGCUAAACGAGAGAGACUGACAUUUCCAAAAUUGGUAAAGGAAAUAUUUAAUUGGUAUCCUUCUGAUUAUCCUGCUGCGGAGAGAAAACUCCUGUUCAAGCUAGACUUGUCCAUCCUUGUCUUUGCUUGCCUGUGCUCUGUUGAAGUAAUCCGUGCAGACCAAACGAACAUCAGCAAUGCGUACACUUCGGGUCUCAAAGAGGACCUUGGCCUCUACGGCAACGAACUCAACUACUUCAACGUAGCAUACUUUACGGCUUAUGUCAUCUUCCAAGUACCAUUCAUACUCCUUAUUUCUCGGCCGAAACUAUCCCGCUGGUUGCUUCCCGCUCUCGAAAUUGCCUGGGGAAUCUUGACUUUCGCCCAGUCUCGUGUUACGAAUGUCCACCAAUUAUACGCGUUGAGAUUUCUGGUCGGCAUGCUCGAAGCUCCAGUAUUUGCGGGCACUCACUUUAUCUUGGGUUCCUGGUACAGCGGACCAGAGUUGUUCAAGAGAGCGGGAGCUUGGUUCAUCUGUAACCCCCUGGGGUCAAUGAUCAGCGGGUACCUGCAAGCAGCAGCUUACACCAACCUUUCAGGCGUAGCCGGUAUGCCGGGGUGGAGAUGGUUAUUCAUAAUUGAUGGUGUCUUCACAAUACCAGUCGCCUUAGCCGGCUUCGUCCUCUUCCCCGGUAUUCCCGACUCGCACAAGGUCUUCUACUUUACCGACGAGGAUAUAGCACUUGCCAAGGCGAGAAUGAAGAAGGCUGAAGUCAAAAAGCCCGGGAAGCUCAGCCUGGAUGUCUUCAAGCGAAGCUUUCGCCGCUGGCAUAUCUGGGUUUUCGUGUUCUGUUACUGCUGCAUGAUCAUCUCCUCAUACCCCAGUGGAUACAUGAAUCUCUGGUUGAAGGCCGAGGGUUACUCGGUCGUUAAGAUCAACCAGCUCCCAACGGUCAUCAAUGCAAUCAACAUCGUUGCUUCAUGGCUGGGAACGACACUGGCUGCUAUUUACCCAGCUUGGACGAUAUACACAGUCCAGUCCGGCGCAGUCGUUUUCUCGACCAUAUGCAUGACCAUUUGGAGAAUACCCAAGGCCCUAAAAUUCGUGGCGUGGUAUCUUUUCGGACUCGCCGGAUGUUCCAGUCCGAUCUUAUAUUCCACCGUCAACACCAUUGUCAAGGAUGAUGCGGAAGAAAGGGCACUGAUAUUAGGCUCAAUGAUGACUUUUGGAUACUCAUUCAACAUCUGGGUUCCCCUUCUCCUCUUCCCCACAGCUGGCCCCAACGGUGCUCCACGUUGGAGUCACGGCUGGCCCGUGGCGAUGGUCUUCUACAUUCUUCUCUGGACCGGAUUCAUGACUGCUAUCUUACUGCACCGACGAGAGUACGUUGCUUAA